AUGUGGGCGCUCAUUGCGUUUGCCCUACACACCGGUUUCCUACUGGGAAAAUCGGAAGACCUACCAUCCAAAGUGCCCGACAAGCUUCUAAACAAAAGUUUAAUAGACAUUCUAAACUACAACUUCAACGUCAAUGAUGUCAUGGGCAUGUUCGAGAAGACAUUUAAAAACAGUGUUGACGAUUUCAAGAUUGAGGAGGAGAAUAAUGAGAUGAAGAAUUUGCAGUUUAAGAAAUACAAAUUUGACAAGCAAAAUUAUAAUUUUAUGUAUUCCUCUUUUAAGGACUACUGCCUUAACGAAAUCGCAAACACGGAAAACUGCAAAAAGUACGCGGACAAGGACUACAUAACAGAUGUCUUCAAUAAUAUCGACAGCGAUUUUUACAACCGAUUUUACAAAGAAAUAAACCAACUGAAGCACUACAUUUUCGAAAUAGGGAAGCUGCUAAAAAGGAGAGACGAACUGAACAAUGAAAUUAAUGGCACAUUUGAGGGAAUUAAGAAUACGAAAGAAUGGGUUAAAAAAACAAUGACGCAAAAGUCGGGGACGGCAUUGCCUCUCAUUCGAUAUUUUGAAGAUAUGACUUAUAACUUAAAGCAUACGAACAAAAGCUUGAGUUAUUACGAUAUGAUGGUACAGUACGGAAACGAAUUAAACGGCAUCAUCAAAAAUGCACUAGUGGAAUAUGUAUACAUGUAUAAAGAAACAAAAACAUAUCAAAAGAAAAUUGAAAAGUACAUGGAAAGAAAUGCUAGGAUCCUUUCCAAGAUGCACAAGAAAAUUAUUCUCAGCAUUUUUUACAUGAUUUCUGAUAUGAACAGAACAAAUGAAAAAAUCGACAACUUGAUAAACAAAAAGAUCAACGAAUUUAAUGAUUGGGUGAAUUCUGAAAAUGAAGAAUAUGUGAGAAAAUUAAAGAAAGUUAAAUCCAACAUUGAUUUUAAUUUAGAUGAUAUUAAUGAACAUAUAGACCAGUCCAAGGAAAAAUUGGAGAAGGAUAAAAUUGCCUUUAUAAAUAUGAGCAAAUUUUUAACCUUCCAAAACCCCACCAAAACGAUAAGAUCCAUCAUGCAUUUGUUAAACAAUAAAUAUUCAAAGGAUGUAAAUAUCAUUUUUUUGUAUAAUGAAGAGUACAUUGAUUUUUCUCUAGACAAGAUGAUAGAAGUUCCUGAGCCUUGCAAAAUCAACAUCGACUCCAAGUCCACAGAUAAAUUUAACUUUGCCCAUUUGGAUUUUAUGGAAACGUCCAAGUAUGAACAAAUACUCAACACCCCCCCCUUCGGAAAAACCGAUGUCAAUCAUAUAGACAAACAGAAAAUCGAUAACAUUAUUAAUGAGAUAUUUCUGCAAGACAAUAAACUUGACAACGAGCAUUGGAUUAAGGCAAAGGAAUUUGAGGACGUCAAAAGUAAUAUUUCUCUUAGCGAUCCGAAUAAAGAAAUACAAGUGUACACGGAAGAAAUGGAGAACAGCAUAAACACAACUAUGGACCAUUAUGUGUUCAAACCCACCAUUAAAAGAUACAUCUCUAGUGUUAGAAAUCUUUUUAAGAACCCCAUUUUCUACUUUAACAAAUAUAUUUACUCCUUCGAGAAGAAUUUUGACUCGCCUUCGAGCGGAACGGACGGUGCGCUCUUCAGCUUCCCUAUUAAGAUCGCUUUAGAUGAGGUGAAGGAGGAGCAGAAAAAGGAGGAACAACAGAAUGAGUCUGCGGGAAAGCCGCCUAGUGGGGAAGUCAGGGCGAGCGGAGGACCCGAGGAAGGUACAGAAAUGGAGGUUACCAGUCGAGCCGAACCCAAGGAAGAAGAAAAGGGGACAGAGGUCAAAUCCCCGGGGGAGGAAGCGAAGGGGUUAUCGACCACCUCCCCUGGUGAGAAAGCAAAGGAGACAGAGGCCAAAUCUCCUGGUGAUGAAGCACAGGGGACAGAGGCCAAAUCCCCUGGCGAGGAAGCAAAGGGGGCAGAGGCCAAAUCCCCGAUUAACAACAUAGAGGUAACCGGACACGACUUCGAGAAUGACGCAGAAAAGUGGGCGAACACUUUUGUGAAAGAAGGGCCAUUCCGUGAGCUAGAAAAGGAGCUGGAAAACGAUAUAGACACUGAAUUAGACGCGGAGCUCGAAGCAGAGUUGGCCAAAACCGAAUUAGAAGUUAACCUAGAAACAGAACCCGAAGGUGAGAUAGAACCCAAGUUUGAAAGGAACCUAGAAACAAUGCCUUGGGGGCAACAAGGCAAGGAAGAUGCCUUUUUUGGGAAUGAAAUGGAAGCAAUGUUGGCAAAUAAGAAGGAUGAUAAGAGUGAAGUGGGGGGUGAAAAAAAUGUAGAGGAAGCAAGCUUGGAAUAUUCAGAUAUGCUCGAAAGGGAGCGCGAAGGUAGGGACAAAGAAGGAAAUGAAAUUGAAGUGCAGAAGGAGAACGAAGGCGACAGGGAACACAAGGACGACAUGCUCUAUGGUAUGGAUGAUAAGUCUAUUCAGUUUGAGGAGGAGAAAAGCGGUGUUGUAGAAGGUGGGGAUGAGCAGGGGGAAGGUGAAGAGGCACAUAGAGAGGACGGCAACGGAGAGGACAAAGAGGAAUAUAAGGAGGAACAGGAAGAGGACCAUACGGAGGAACAAAAAGAGGACCAUAAGGCGGAAGAUAAAGAGGAUGGCGGGGAGAAUCCCAACGAGGGAGAAGUAAUGAAGGUUAAGAAACACAGAAAGGCGAAAAAGAAGAAAGAAAACAAGGAGGACGACAUGGAUGAUGAAGAGGGAGAAGAUGACGACGAAGACGACGAUGAUGAGGACGAGGAGGAUGAUGAAGAUGACGAGGAUGAAGAAGAUGAAGAAGGAAAAAACGAGAACAACUAUGACGAUGAACAUGAUUAUCCCCAUGGAAAGGAAAGUUCAGAAAAAUAUGACCUAAUUAGCGAAAAAAAUAAACACAGUUUAUCCAUUUUCGACAGCGCAAGUAUGAAGUAUCUCUGGAGAAUACCAAUUAUUAAUCGGCUCUAUAACACGUGCAGCGAAAAUAAAAAGGAAUGUGCAGAGAAAAAUGGCAUAGAAGUUAUUGACCUUUACGAAAUAGGAGAAGAAGAGUUGCGAGAAAUAUACCAGGAUUUUCAAAACUUAAGUUAUGAAGAUUCUCUAAAAAGGGUUAAGGAGAAAAUUAUUUAUGCCGUGCCAGAUGUGGAGUACCUUGCAAAAGCUUUGAAAAUACACAAAAAGAAUAAGGAAGAAAAUAAGGAGAGGAAUUUCUUAUACGACGCGCUGUAUGGAAAUGAUUACUUGAUUAUCAAGUCCAAGGGUGUUAAUGUGGAGACGUUCAUUUAUCCCUAUUUCGAGACGUUAAAUUUGCAGCUGAGUGAGAUAAAGACAUGCACCAUGGAGGAUUACUACGGCUGCAUGAAGAGAUACAUCAAGAAAAAAAUUAAGAAGAGCACCCCGGAGGAGGAGGAUGAGGAGGACAGGGAGGAGGAGAAAGGGGUCGACCAUGAGGACGACAAACCAAGCGACAUACUAAACAACACGAAGAAUGAAAAAAUCCUGUUCGUGUACCUGGGGACCUUCAAAGAUGAAGUGUUCAAAUUGCCCAAGUCCAAAAUCGGAGACCACCUAAAGAAGGCCCACCUGAAGCAGUUCCUGGACAACCCCAAGGACUAUCACUUUUUUAACAACCUUUUAAUCAAAAAAUAUGAAGAGGAGUACUAUUUCUUCCAAAAGUUGAAGGUGUACACGGUGUACCAUUCCAAAUAUAAAAAUUCAAUCAUGUACGGAAUUGACUUUAAAUUUUAUGUUUCCUACUUUUCCAAAGAAGACAUACAAUAUUUGCCCCUGUCGUACUACCAUGACUCCAUCAUAUAUUUCAAGGUAGUGCUGGCCACGUCUAAGUUUGGGUACCAAGAAAUUGUCCCUAUUGAUGAUGAAAUUAUAAAGUUUGGAUUAAUGCUUUCGUUAGAUAAUAAAAAAAAGAAUGUGCAUUAUUUAAUUCAUUCGGAAGUUACCAAUGAUACGAACUAUGACUUACUGAAGAACAAAACAGGGGUUGUCAGAAUUUAUGAAGUGUCUUAUGAAAAUCUUAAAAUGCAAAUGGUAGAUAAAAAAUACACAGUCCAAGUAACAAAAACGAUGAAAGUUAUUCUGCAUAAGGAAGUUACCUUUAACAAUAAUAAAAAGAGAACACACGAUUACAUUGACACCUUUUAUGAAAAGAUGAAUAAAAUUAUGAAAAAUAACAUGGACCUGGAUUUGUUCCGUAAAACGUUUUAUGUGCAUUUGCAUAAAAUGUAA